CUAACCAAAAACAAACCUUAAAAAAUAACGUUAUGGGAACCAAAAACUAACAUUAGCAAAACGUUUUGGGAACCAAAAAUUGUUAGCUGGGAUAGCAGAAGAGUCAAAAUCUGCAAAAACAAUAACACUGAAUUUGGGACAGCUGCUACUUUAUAAAUGAUGAUUUAUAAGUUCAAAUGAUAGCCUGUGACAUAUAUUUUUAUGAUGAAUGGUGACUAAUAAUUGCCGUUUUAUUGCAUGCAAAUGCAUGAUUCAAAUUAAAUGAAAGGGAUUCGGAUAAAGCAACAUCAGAUUAUUUUGUUAUUUCUUCAUUCAAAGCCACAGAUUUUUUAAAUAAUAUAUUCACUUAAAAACAUAAUGGUAAAAGGAAAUACAGGUAAGGAAAAAUAUAUUAAUUGGGGUUUUUUAUGGAUUCUUGACGUCAUUGAGUGACACAUAAAAACACGCCGGCUGUUUAACUUGGAAGUGUUUCCUAUGAUGAAACAGAGAAAAUCCCAGCAGACUUAUUACUACAUCUCUAUAGAAAUGUGUGUCAGUGAAUGCGCAAAAAAGUGGCUAUUACGUCAUGGAUCAGGUAGCAAAAGUAAGCUGGAAACGUACGUGGGAACGGUUCCUGUUGGGAAUAGGUUGAAACGCGCAAAAUCCAUAUGACGAAACCCUAAAGUUUAUACACAAAGGACGGAAAGAUCGGUAACAUGAGCGCGUUUGCAUUUUCUUACGUGUUGGGUUUUUCGCAAUGAACACGUAACGCACUUUCAUAAACAGAACUUUCCCUGGUUGAUCAAUCUCAAUGGGUUUAAAUAGAGCAGAUGAAGUCAAAUAUUCAUUACACUUCCACAACACACCAUGGAGUCUCUGUAUCUCCUUCUCGCAGUCCACUGCUGUGUCACGCUCCUGUACGCCGCCCCGCUUCCACAACACGAGGCGUUGACUCGCGUGGUGGAGAGCGGUGUCAGUUUAGUGAAGAAGAUUCUCAACGAAAUUCCGCGAGUGCACGAAGCAUACGUCAAAAAACCGGGUUUGGACGUUGAACUCUCCAGUGAAUCGCACAACUUGGAGUAUUUAUUAAGUGACUUUGGGAUUCCUGCGCCACCGGUGCUCAAGUCGAUAUCAGAGGAGUUUACUUUGGCUAUGAGCUUGAGUCAUAUGGUGGAAGGUUUGGAUCUACACCACGAGCUUCUGCAGGACAUAAUGAGCUCCACUGAAACACGUGACAGUCUGCUUGCGGAUAUAAAAGAGUUGGCUGGUCAGAUCAAAGAGAUGCAGAAGUUGGUACAGAUUCCCAUCACCGUAUACCAGAGAAAUCUUCCUGACAUCUCUUCACGACUCAACAGUAAUUAUAAAGUCCAGGUAGCCGCUCAUCUGUCACUUCAGCAGCUGCACAGAUUUACACAAGAUGUCUCCCGCGGUCUGCGUCAUGUUGCUAGCCUGAACCAGCUCUGUGCUAAAACACAAAAUCUGCUGAACAAACAGUGUGUAUGGUAAUGGUUAACUGUUAUCGUAAACGUAAGGUCAAGGGAUCGGGCCUAAUACCAAGCCGGGAGCCCUCUCCCCGGACAGCCGCUCUAGCCCCGCCUCCCAGUUAACUAGUUCACCUGCGCAUUCAGUCUUAAUCGAGCCCCAAGUUCAACCUCUUAUAACAGAACUACAGGGAGGAAGAAAGAGAGCAGUGAAGAAGCAAAUGGGUAGCCUGGCUCCGCCCUCCUACUUGCGUCAACUUAAUUUUCAUUUUGCUUCAGUACUACAUCUGGGACUGCUCUGUAGAGUUUCGUUUUCUCCUGCAAAAAUCUGCAGGUACAGUCAGCGAACAGAUGGGGGUGGCUAAGAACGAUGACGUUGAGGUCGUGCGUCAGUUUGAGUUGUAGUCCAGUGAUGGCAGCGAGAAAGACAUGAGAAAAGCUAUUCGGUCCGUUGUUGCAUAACUGCCGAAUAUACAGAAGUUAAAGCCGGAGCAAGAACCAGGUUUGAUAAGUUUUGUUGGUCUGAUUAUUCGGACUUGUUGUUUCCAGCCGGUUUCGGCGCAUGAUAUACGUCACGAUCAAACGUUAGCGAUCGCCUAUGGCAGAUCCUGAGUGACUCUGGGUAGAUCCAAUAGUUUUAAACUUCAACAGAAGACCCUCCUUAACGGAAGUAAUGCUUUGCAAUGGAGCGUGGCCAGACUCUCUGUACAAAUGAAAUGAAUGAACUUCAUUAAAAAGGGCCAAUUGUCAACCAUUAAAGAAUGGAAUCAUCUGGGGAAGGGACACGACUUUCUAAAAAGACUUUCUUUUAAAAGGAUACACUAAUUUUAUGUGACACCUGCUGUCCUGGAUAUAUAUAUAUAUGUGUGUGUAUGUUUAUGUAAAUAUUUAUUUAUUUAUUUAUUGUUGGUAUUGCUCGUUAUUUAUAUUUAUUGUGGAUGUAAAGGAUGUGAUGUUUUUCUACUUGGACAGUUAAAUGUCCAUCAAAUAUUAUUUAUUUAUUUAUGUAUUACUCAUUCACUAUUGAGUCCACUCUAUGGGGAAGAAGCAUUAUUUUGGAAUAAUGGAUUGUACUGUAAAAUAGUAAGUUUACUUUCUUACUGUUUAUCACAUUUGUAAUGUUUAUUGUAUUUUUUGAUAA